AUGGAUGAAAAGACGAAUUGGGCGACUCAUGUCCUGGCAGUGUUUCUGUUUCUCCUCACAGCUCUCAGCUCUCCGGUGUCGAUGAUUCGACAAGUUGUCAGUGUAAUCUCUGCUUUCUCGUCGUCGAGACGCAGUAGCCAGAUCAAAAUAGAGGGGGAGGAGAAAGAUCUGACCUUGUUCAAACCUGCGGUGGUUAAUAAGGUGGAUGAGUUGCCGUUAGAUUUGCUGGUGGAGAUCCUGGUUCGGCUCCCCGCUAGAGAUCUGUUACAGCUCAAGUCCGUCUGCAGAAGCUGGGAUGCCGCAAUUUCAAGCCCCUUCCUGGUUUCCAUGCACCUCAGAAACUACACCAACGGCCCGGCUGGCUCUGCUUCUCAGACCCUGAUGGCGUGCGAGCGUCCAAACUUUGAUGUAAGAUAUGAUGGCUGCACACCGGUUAGGCUAUUCUCUCCUCUUUGUCACGGUGAUCAUGUAUCACCACAAGUUCAGUACCUGAAGUUUGAUACGCUUAUAAUCGCCGGACCCUGCAACGGCAUAUUUCUGAUGGGCGAUGGCAAGUCGGAAGUGCGUAUAUGGAACCCAGCAACCGGCAAAUCUAGGGAAAUCACGAUGCCACCGGUCAGGAAAAGCACUGCCGCAACACACUAUUUCGACAGCUACGGGUUCGGGCUAGAUCCAGUGGCUAAGGAUUUCAAGAUAGUUAUGAUUAGGCACUUCUGGAAUGAUGAUACAGCCGUUAGCCCCUGGUGCGUUCUUGUAGCCAGCUCCUCUCCCAAAUUCCCUUCACAAGUGGUGGUGUACACACCUGGCACUGAUACUUGGAGGGAGCUAGAAGAGUUGCGGCUUGAAGUUGAUAUAUUCGACUCCGUCCGAUCUUACAAUUACUUGAAUGGGUUCUUUUUCUGGGCAUGCUUAUCUCCUCUUGCAGCACUGGCGUUCGACCUCGAGAACGAGGUUUUCCGUGUGGUUGACGAUCCGGUGCCCAACCUAUAUGAUUGCAUUUAUGAUGAGGCUGGUAUGAAACAGCUUCUUGUGUACAAGGAUGCGCUUGCUUUGUUUCUUUUCCAGGAGAGUAGCGGUGGUUGUGACCUGUGGUUAUUAAGUGAAGAAUGGUGUUGGGUCAAGCACCAGACUGUUGCUCCCUUUAUUCCACCUUCUGUGAUGCUGCCGGCGCCGGCGGAGGUUGCUGCUGGUGAGGAUUGGAUGCCAGGUAAUUACCCUUAUAUGUCUGUGGUUGGGUGGUGGAGGGACGACGAGCUUAUUCUUGUUAGGGGUUAUGGCACAUCUGAAACCCAUGAGUUGGUGUUGUUCGACCCUGCUACUCAGGCCACUAAAGUUGUGGCAGAUGGUGUUCGUGGAGCUCGCAGGGUUUAUGUUAACAAAGAAAGCUUGGUCACUGUGGGGUGAAAUCAUGAGGUUGGGCAGUGGGACAUGACUUAUAUUCAGGUUUUUGUUGCCCACCGGGAAUGAAUUAUGAGCUAUUCUCAGUAUGGUUUAGGUCUAUUUUACUCUUUCACACUGUUGAUAGAUCUCAUGGUUCGAUUUAAAGAUGCGGUCGAUACAUAGAUACUAGCUAGAUGAAUUCAUAAGAGCAAAUACGCCCGAUUCGAACUUUUAGGUUCAUUGACGGCCGUUAAAAUUUGUAUUUUUGUGAAUUAUAGGUUGUGAAAACUAAACCUGAGAGCAC